AAUAAAAUGAAAAAUUCAAUGAGAUUCUUUGACUUAAAUACAGGAGCCAAGAUCCCAUCAAUUGGGGUAGGCACUUUUCAGAUUGAGCCUGAUUUAAUUGCAAAAACUCUCACCACAGCUAUUAAGGUUGGAUAUAGGCAUAUUGAUUGCGCAUCCAGAUAUGAAAACCAAGCAGAGAUUGGUAAUGCUCUCAAGAAGAUUUUUGAUGAUGGUUUGGUAAAGCGUGAAGAGCUAUGGAUCACCUCCAAAUUAUGGUGCACAGACCAUGCAGAAGAAGAUGUGCCAAAGGCAUUGGAUAAAACAUUACAACAAUUGCAACUUGACUACGUAGAUCUCUAUCUAAUCCACCUUCCAUUCAGCAUGAAGAAGGGAUCAAUUGGAGUCAAACCUGAAAAUUUCACAAUGCCAAACAUACCAAGCACAUGGAAAGCAAUGGAGGCACUAUAUGACUCAGGAAAAGCUAAAGCUAUUGGAGUGAGCAACUUUUCUACAAAGAAACUUCAAGAUUUAUUAGACAUAGCUAGAGUUCCCCCUGCUGUUAAUCAGGUGGAAUUGCACCUUGGAUGGAAGCAGCCAAAGUUGCAUUCAUUCUCCGCAUCAAAAGGAGUUCUUCUAUGUGGUUACUCACCGCUGGGUUCAGAACUUGACAAGAAUAACAUCCUCACCAAUUCAGUUAUCAAAAGAGUUUCUAAAAAAUUGGGAAAGACUCCAGCACAAGUAUCUCUUAGGUGGGGCUUGCAGAUGGGACAUUGUGUGAUUCCAAAGAGCUCUAGAGAUAUUAGGAUAAUGGAAAAUUUUGAUAUCUUUAAUUGGUCAAUACCUGAAGACCUAAUGACCUUACUCUCUCAAAUUGAAGAAAAGGGAAAAAUAUAUACUGCAGCUAUUUGUAUUCAUGCGACUUGUGGUCCCUAUAGAAGCAUUGAAGAAUUAUGGGAUGGUGAAGUGUGA